CCCAUUUCUCGACUGGCUUCUCUAAAACCCAAAUUCCGAACUCAUGGCCCCAAAGAAGAAGGGCCCGGCAAAACGUUUAGCGGCAGGGCGGCCGCCGGUACUGCAGCGAUCCAAGUCGAUAUCAAGAAGCGCGACCAAGGCACUCAUCAACAAACACCAUCUUCUGCAGAAAAGAAAGCGGCAGGCUAUUGCCAAGGGAAACAAGGUUGAGGAGGCAGCUAUCGAGGUCGAGAUCAAGGCGUUGGGCGGUAUCGAGGGUUACCAGGAAGCCAGUCUGCAAGGCCAGCGGCAUGACCGAGGAGGCGACAGCUCCCGAGUUCUCAUGAAAUGGCUGGAACCAUGUCUCUCAUCUCACGGGGCGAAUUCAGGUCGACGCCUUAGGAUGCUAGAGGUUGGGGCACUCAGCACGCAGAACGCUUGCUCUAAAAGCGGCCACUUUGACAUCGAGAGGAUCGACUUGAACAGCCAAGGAGACGGGAUCCUGCAACAGGACUUCAUGGAACGACCCUUGCCACAAGAUGAGUCUGAGCAGUUCGACAUCAUCUCUCUCUCACUGGUCCUGAAUUAUGUCCCAGAGCCGAAGGAUCGAGGGGAGAUGCUCCGCCGUACCGUACAGUUCCUCCGGGCUCCAGAACGAUAUCUCGAUUCUCCCCAUCUGCUAGCGAGCUUCUCCAGCCUAUUCCUGGUCCUACCGGCGCCAUGCUUGACGAAUUCUCGGUACUUGGAUGAGGAAAGACUGGUCGCAAUCAUGAAAGCAGUUGGGUAUGCCAAGGUCGAAUCCAAAUCAACCCAACGGCUAGUCUACUACCUCUGGAGAAGGGAUCGGGUUUGCAAAGGAACUGAAAGCACCUUCUCCAAGAAAGAGGUUCGGUCGGGGCCGACCCGGAACAAUUUCGCUGUUGUGCUGAAUUGAACCUUCCACUAGCUAUGGUCCAUGGAGCUAAGAUGACCUGGUACUCCCGGUGGAUGACGACUCACUCUGCGGGGGCUCCGCCGACUUGGGGUUUCUCGAGCUCGGCCGUUGUCCGGGCUGGUGCCCCGAAACCGACGGCAUCCCCAAUCUGGCAGCACCCCCAAUCCCACUCAAGUGGCGAUCAAGGACCUUGUAGCCAUCGGC